AUGUAUUUACGUGUAUCUCGUUUACGUUGCGUACUUGUACGAUGUUCUAUUUUAUUAAUAAUAUUAUUAUUUUUAUUAGAAAUUCGAAUAUUUGUAAAAAAUACUAUAUCAUCAACAACAACAACUAAUCCAAUAGAAAUAUCAUUUUGGCAAAAAUUAGAUGAUCAAGAUAAAUUAUUAACAAACGAAAAAAAAAUCGAAUUAAUUGAAAAAUAUAGAACAAAAUAUGAUCUCAAUUGGACAAAUAUAUUUCAUACUAUUUAUAAAAGAAAAAUUGAAAAACUUUAUCAAAAAGAUAUGAAAAAUGAUUAUAAAUAUAUAAUCAUGGAAAAUAUAACAAAUAUAUCACAAAAAACAUUUGUAAUAUUCGAAGAAACACCUGUUUUUCAACAACCAAAAUUUUGUUCAUCAAAACUUAUAUUUCAUCCACAAUGUCCAUAUACUAAUUGCGAAUGGAAAUGUCAAAAUUCUCCAAUAAAUGAUGAAAAUAUUCGUCGUGCGAGUGUCUUUCAUCAUGUUGAUAUAAAUACAGAUGAAAUGCAUAUAAAAUUAAAAACACGUUCAGUUAAUGAUAUAUGGAUAUUAUGGAUUGAUGAAGCUAAUCGUCAAUUAAAACAUUUAAAUCAAUAUAAAUUUAAUUGGACAUUAAGUUUUCGACAAGAUUCCGAAAUAUCAAUUGGUACCUAUGGUUUAUUAAUUGAAAAUAAUUCUAAUAAAAAAUCUUAUUCCACUAAUAUGUCAGAUUUAAUUCUUUCAUCAGAUUUUCUUUAUAUUUUAACAAAUCGUAAUAUAUUAAUCACUGAUUUUACCUUAGAAAAUCAUAUAUUAACUAAUUAUCGUUAUCGUUCAAAACAUGCAUUAUGGUUUGUAUCAAAUUGUGAACCAAAAGCUCGCUUAAAUUAUUAUGAAAGAUUAAAAAAUUAUUUUCCUAUAAAUGCUUUUGGUUCGUGUAUUAGUAAUGCUGAAAACAAAUGUAAUAAAAACGACCGAUGUGAAUUCGAACAAUCUCGAUUAGCACUUUUUUAUUUAGCAUUCGAAUCUCAAACAUGUACAGAUUAUAUAACUGAAAAAUUUUGGCGUGCACUUCAUUAUGGAAUGAUUCCAGUUGUAUUUGGUCCAAAUAAACAAUCCUAUUUAGAUUUAGAUAUACCACCAUCAGCUUUUAUUCAUGUUGAUGAUUUUAAAUCAGCUAAACAAUUAGGAGAAUAUUUACAUAAAGUUGCUAAUGAUUAUUUUCUUUAUCGAGAAUAUUUUCAAUGGUUUAAUCAAUAUGAAAUUUUUUAUCAAACAAAUGAUCUUGAACCAAUACGUAUGUGUGAAUUAUGUAUGAGAUUAAAUAUGCAAAAUGGAAAUGAACAUAGAUUUUAUACAAAUAUUCAUCGAUGGCAUCGAACUGAAUGUUAA